AUGCGCCGCUGUGGGACGGGAGCUGUCAGUCACUCCAACAUGGCCGCCGACCUCUUUCCCACAGAGCGGGACAGGAGCAGACUGAACAAGCUGGUCAGGAGGGCCAGCUCCACUCUGGGCUGCUCCCUGGACUCUGUGGAGGAGGUGAGGGACAGGAGGCCCCUGGACUCUGUGGAGGAGGUGAGGGACAGGAGGCCCCUGGACUCUGUGGAGGAGGUGAGGGACAGGAGGCCCCUGGACUCUUUGGAGGAGGUGAGGGACAGGAGGCCCCUGGACUCUGUGGAGGAGGUGAGUGACAGGAGGCCCCUGGACUCUGUGGAGGAGGUGAGGGACAGGAGGCCCCUGGACUCUGUGGAGGAGGUGAGGGACAGGAGGCCCCUGGACUCUGUGGAGGAGGUGAGGGACAGGAGGCCCCUGGACUCUUUGGAGGAGGUGAGGGACAGGAGGCCCCUGGACUCUGUGGAGGAGGUGAGUGACAGGAGGCCCCUGGACUCUGUGGAGGAGGUGAGGGACAGGAGGCCCCUGGACUCUUUGGAGGAGGUGAGGGACAGGAGGCCCCUGGACUCUGUGGAGGAGGUGAGGGACAGGAGGCCCCUGGACUCUGUGGAGGAGGUGAGGGACAGGAGGCCCCUGGACUCUGUGGAGGAGGUGAGGGACAGGAGGCCCCUGGACUCUGUGGAGGAGGUGAGGGACAGGAGGCCCCUGGACUCUGUGGAGGAGGUGAGGGACAGGAGGCCCCUGGACUCUGUGGAGGAGGUGAGGGACAGGAGGCCCCUGGACUCUGUGGAGGAGGUGAGGGACAGGAGGCCCCUGGACUCUGUGGAGGAGGUGAGGGACAGGAGGCCCCUGGACUCUGUGGAGGAGAGAAAAAGCCCCAAAAUGCGGAGAUUUGCGGCUGGUGCGUGGUCGUGGCUGGUUCUGCUGGUGGUCGGGUUCGUUCCGGGGUUCGGAGACAUCACAGACGGGAACGCGGAGCACCUGAAGCGGGAGCACUCUCUGACGAAGCCGUAUCAGGGUGUGGGAGGUCAGUGGGACUUCUGGGGCAGCACUCUGGUCACCAGUUCUUACGUCCGCCUCACUCCAGACGAGCGAAGCAAACAGGGCUCCAUCUGGAACACUGUGCCGUGUUACCUUAAGGACUGGGAGAUGCACGUCCAGUUCAAGAUCCACGGCUCCGGGAAGAAGAACCUCCACGGGGACGGGAUCGCCAUCUGGUACACGAGAGACCGCCUCCACCCAGAGCUGGACAAUAUGCACAAGUUUUCAAUACACCACAACUUUAUGCCGUCCGGUGGGAAAAAGUGA